ACGAGUUUUCUCUGACAGACACGUAACGGGUAAUCCAUAUCCGUGCCCGAUCCAUUCCUAUUCUCCCUCAAAAUUGUAGAUCCUUGUAAUAUUCCGAAGAAGCUAAAAAAGGGUUCUCUCACCAACAACCCUCAGUUGCCGCUCCCUUUCUCUCACAGUUGCGUACCAUCACCACCAGUCGCCAUCGCCUCCGCACUCCGCACCGCCGUCGCCGACGUCGUACGCACUUCGCACCAACCUCGGCCUCCUUCUUUCUCUCAUCCUGCUAAAAAUUUUCACGCUGGUCUCUCGUGGAAGUGUAAGCAAGCAUCCCAAAACCCCAGCCGCUUGCUUUCUUCGUUCGUUUCUUACAUCAGGUACAUUAAUUAAGAUAAUACUACUUCUGAAGUGCUGCUGAGGUUAUGGAACGUCAGGGUCAUGAUUAUGCAGCUGCAUCUGCUAUGGCAUAUGCUCAGCAACAGCGACAAGCUGCUAAUAUGCAACAACAGCAGCAGUUUGGAUUUCAUCCCCAGCAUCAGCAAUUUCCUUCAUCAAUGCACGGUCCUCCUUUUAUACCCUCAGGUCCUGGUCCUGGUCCUGGUCCUGCACCCCCCCCUAUGCAACAGUUCCCUUAUCAUCCUGCCCUACAGCAGCAGCAACAGCAACAGCAACAGCCACUUCCACAAUUACACCCUCAUGCCCCUCCCCCGCCUCAUCUUCUUCUUCAGCAGCAGCAGCACCAAGGACCGCCCACGUUCCCUUCACAUUAUCCUCCUCCGCUUGUUCCAUCACCAUUUUAUGAUUCUGCUCCUGCUCCACCCCCGGUUGCUCCCCCUUCUGAUCCUGAGCUCCACAAGAGAAUUGACAAGCUUGUUGAGUAUGCAGUGAAAAAUGGCCCUGACUUUGAAGCUAUGAUAUGUGAAAAGCAACGGGAUAAUCCUUCCUAUAGUUUCCUCUUUGGUGGGGAAGGCCAUGGUUACUACCGUUAUAAGCUUUGGUUAUCAACUCGUCCCCCGGGUGGUCCAUUCAACCCGUCUUUUCCAUCAUCUUCCAUGCCCAUGAUGCAUCCUCCAAAUCCAAUGAUGAAUCUGUCUCCUCUAAAUGCUUCUCCAAUGAACCCUGCAGGAAUUGGUUCUUCACCUUCGAUGCUAGGUCCACCUCAUUUCCAACAGUUCUAUGAUCAACAACACCACCAUCAACAUCCUCAGUCUUUUGGACUUCCUGGUCGGCCUGAGUAUGAUCCGUCAUCCAAGUCUUUCAAAGGGGUCUUUGGGCCACUUCCAUCUGAUGUUGCAAUGGAGCUCAGUAAUGUCCUUAACAAUCUGAAUGGUACAAAAGAAUCCAUCAAAGGUGCAAAACUUUGGUUCAUGCAGAGAUCUCCAUUUGCACCAGCCCUAGCAGAGGCUCUUAGAGAUAGGGUCUUUGCAUUGGAUGAAGUUGAGAGACAAUUACACAUAAUAUACCUUGCCAAUGACAUACUUUUUGACAGCUUAAAUCGGAGGACAAGCAGUAAUGACCUUGACAAUGAAGCUCUUGCCUUUAAACCUGUUUUAGGCUCCAUGCUUGCAAGAAUUUAUCAUAAUCCACAAAGCAAUGAGGAAUACAGGAAAAGAAUGCAGCAAAUGGUGGAGUUCUGGUCUUCUAAGAAGGUAUACGAUCAAGAGACUAUAUCUUUACUGAAAGGUGAGAUGAUUGGUGGGCCACAAUCAACUUCUUUUCCUGGGGCUUCAAAGGAUUUAUCUUCUGCUUCAGCAGAGUCAGGUUCAGGAAUACUGCAGACACCUAAUCAUGUUGCCCAGCAGUGGCAAACUGAUAGGUUAGGUGCUGGUUCAAGUGCCUUGGAUCAAGAUCGUCUUGAUAAAUUGGCAGCUUCAGCACAGUCACUAUCAGUACCCCUAGCAGCUCAGCAGUUUCUUCCAAGUUCUGCUCCUCCCGGUGCCUUUCCUGGGUCAAUGGCUAUACCAUCUUCUGUUCAAUCAGCUAACCAAGCACCUGGUGCUCAUUUAUUGCCCCCUCCAUCAUCCAACACCAGUGAACAAUUGCCACCAUAUCCAUUAUUCCCACCUGGCCUCAUUCCGGGAAUGGUUAAAAAGAUGCAGAUUGGUAGCGGGGUCCCAUAUUCUCCUUUGAGCCCUUUGGAUAUCCCAACUAUAAUACCACCAUCGACUGUACCACCAUCAGAAAUUCUUCAAAGAGUGUCAAAUUUUUUUAAAGAAAUUGGAGAGGUAAAUCCUUCUGAGGGCCCUAUGAAUUCAGAUUCAAGAGAUGAUGAUGAAUAUGAUAGAGAAUAUGAGAGGGAGCCUCCAGUACGAAAGGGAGGUGCUUGCAUACCUCCACCCCCAACCUUGCAGGUUGAUCCAGAGACGGGAACCUAUGCUGAUGGGACUGUAGAAAGGAAACCAGGAUCCAGUGGCUCAGGCAGGUUGGGGCUUGGGGCCACAGCCAAUCCCAAUGAGGUGAGUCAGUAUGAUGAUGUAUAUACAUCUUACAGGAAGCAGAGAAGCACCAAUUACCAUUCAUCAAUGAGUGCUAGAGCCGCCACAAGAUGAAAGCAUCUAAUUACCUUUUCAUCCAAUAUUUUGGAUUCCAGGAUCUUAGACUAGCUCAGUUAGCUUUGUCUUUAUUAAUGUUUCUUUGAAUGACUGUAGUUGAGCUGAUACUUUUGUUUGUUAUUUGCCUAUGGUCCAAUGUGCUUUUUCAGCUGAAAUCAUGGAUUUGAUGUAUCAUUCCUUGACCAAAACUGAAUAUUCCAUAAACUUUAAGUCACACAUGGUAAUGGGAUAAAAAAUGAAUGAUAAUCCUAUUUUCCUCUAUAUUCCCUUAGCUGAAGUUUGAUUUUGGUAUAUGGUUUAAUGGAGUCUUUAUUCCUUGUAACUCUCUAUCCUUUAUUCAUUUUAGCCUUUUUUUUAAUGGAUUUUGUUUAAUUGUAUGAUUCA